AUUCCCGCUGAUAAGGAAUAGUACAUGUCCCCAAUCUUCGUUUAAAUAUUGGGAAAAUGAGUGGUUACUACUAUAACAAAAACAACCCGUUUGCUUUGAUUAUUGAUAAUAUUUUCGACAAGGGAAAUGAUGAUUCUUGUGAUAGCACUGUGGACUCUCUUGUUGGCAAACUCAGCGGCAGGGGGUUUCCUCUGGAAAUGUGCUCUUAUCGGGGAAUCUUACGAUAUUAGGCACACGAGAUGCACGUGCAUGGAAACCGGCUACUUUGAAUGUCAUAAAAUCUACAAGGCUGAAUUUACUUCUCGAAAAGAAGCCAUAUUACCGAGUUUGGCAAAGAUAUUGCGGAGGAGAUACAAUACACCGCCCCCAUUGACCACCUCAACUAAAGGUACCACCAACUCGCCACCACCGUACACCACCCAGACCCCUCCCAACCCACACACGACGGACGCCCCCACCUCGCCCGUCACACACGGAGCCGCCACGGUCAACCAUCACACCCGAUCCCCACCCCCACCCAAAGCUGUCCUCGGAUAAUGUCAAGUUGACGUCAAAAUGAAUAAAUAUUUCAUGAACAAGAAUAA